AUGGCCGACCCAGAGGUGGAGUUGCCGAGGGCCCAGGAUGACGUUCUCAACUCCGGAGCCAAGACGGGGACACGGUUGGACUCAACAUCAACUGAGAACCUUGAAAAGGGCGAUAGUAAAUGGAGUCUGGAACAUGCCGAGAACGAAGAGUGUGAUGGCGAUAGCACCGUCGAAUAUCACUUUCUUACCUUCGAGACCGAGCUGCCGCACCCAACAAGCAUCACCCCGCCUACUCCAGGCGCGCCUCCGCCGCCAGAACCACCUAAUCUUAUACCCUAUACCUCGCCUUUCGAGUGGUCGCCAAAGCGCAAGAGCUUCAUCAUCUGGCUUUCCAGUGUUGCAACGGCCAUUACGGCCUUUACGGCCGGCUCAUACAGUCCCGGCGUCGGACAGAUGACAGAGUUAUGGCACGUCAGCGAGGUUGCCGCGCUGGUUGGUAUUACGACGUUCACGUGCGGCUUUGCAAUUGCGCCCAUGGUCCUGGCGCCCUUUUCUGAGAUCAAUGGGCGGAAGCCGGUUUUCAUCGCGACUGGGAUAUUGUUCGUCAUAUGCCAGCUUUGCUGUGCCGUGACACAGUCUUAUGCGGGCAUGCUCCUUGCCCGCUUCUUUGUUGGCGUCGGUGGCAGCACCUUCUCAACAAUGGUGGGCGGAGUGGUCAGCGACAUCUACCAUACCAAGGACAGGAACACGCCAAUGGCACUCUUCUCUGGCGCGGCUCUCCUAGGCACUGGACUUGGACCGCUGGUGUGCGGAUUCAUCGCGCAGUACACUACCUGGAGAUGGAUCUUCUAUUUGCAAACCAUAACUUGCGGAACGCUGAUGGUUAUCAUUACUAUCUGCUUCAAAGAGACACGUGGUAGUGUAUUACUCAGCAGGAAAGCAAAGAAGCUGAACCAGUGGUACGAAGAGCGGGAGCAAGCCGGAUACUAUGGAUUCGAGAUGCCAGUCAACGGCGAACAUGCUAAGAAGGUCUCUCAGCGCAUCAGAUGGAAGGUCAAGUCCGACGAAGAGCGUGCUAGCAUUGGAAGGAUGAUCAGCAUAUCACUGUACCGGCCCUUUCACCUCCUCCUUACCGAGCCCGUUGUCUUUUGGUUCUCGCUAUGGGUCUCUUUCAGCUGGGCGGUGCUGUAUCUCACCCUUGCAGCUGUUCCGCUUGUCUUCCAGACCAAUCACGGAUUCAGCCUCUCUCAAGCGAACGCGGUCUUCGGUGCUACUGUUGUAGGCGCAGCUAUAUCUACCGUAAUGAGCAUCCACCAGGAGAAAUUUGCGACACGACGCGGCAAGAUCUCAUCCACCCCUGAAGGCCGCCUUUACUUCGCCUGCGUGCAAAGCGCGCUUAUGCCCGUAGGACUUUUCAUCUUCGGCUGGACGUCAUUCACUUCAAUCCACUGGAUCGCGCCCGCAAUCGGCAUAGCUAUUGCGACAAUGGGCAUCUUCUCAAUCUACCUAGCGGUCUUCAACUAUCUUGCGGAUACAUACCACCGAUACGCCAGCUCUGCGCUAGCUGCGCAGUCUUUCUGCCGGAACAUGCUCGGCGGUGCCUUUCCGCUGAUCACCAAAGUCAUGUAUCAGCGGCUGUCCUAUCCCGGCGCCUCCAGCAUGCUUGGAGGCAUCGGCAUCUUGCUUACGAUCGUGCCUUGGGUGUUGGUGUUUUAUGGGCCGAAGAUUAGAGCGAGGAGCAAGUUCGCUUCGGAGAUCAUGAAAUGA